AUGGGAGGUUCAAUGGGCUUUCUCGGAAAAGGGGUACCGCCAACACAGAUGAUGAAUGUGGUAAUGGGCUCACUCUGCAAACAAUUCACCAAGAAAACUAUCAACAACUUCGACGAUUUCCACGUUGCUGUUUUAGACAUUUUCAACAAAUUCAACUCGGCAUUACCAGGCCGACACUUUGAUUUCCCGACCCCUGACAAAAUAAAUGCUUGUUUCACACGGUGGAAAGAAGCAAAAGACAAAGAAGAGAAAGUGUUCACAGAGUUCAUUGCAAAGAAAGUGAAGCCAGGUAAACUCGAUGACGUCACUAUGAUCACCGGAAUAGCAUCACCUCCGGCGGCUAUGGCGGCUAAGAGAGCAGGAGAGAAUGGUCCUCAGCUAAAGUUCAUCAAACUUAUACCUGAUGUUAUAUUCGUCCCUAUGAUCACCAUUUUGGCCAUUGUCUCUGCCAAACUCUCAAGAAGAAUGUAUUUGAAAUAAUGCUUUUAAUUUGAGCAUUCUUGGGCAAAUGAUUUAGAUAACACAAAAAAAUUAUGACAAAA